AUGAGGGGGGGGGAGUCUUCGGGGCGGUCUGAGCGCCGGCGCGACGGCGCCGGCAGAGACGAGGCGCGCGCGCGACACGAAGAGGCUCUGCGGAGGUAUGGCUACCCCGGCUCGGGGUACGGAAGCAGGGACAGCGCCUCCAGCAGCAGGAGACACCGACACUUGCACGCCUCCGGAGGCCACAGCUCGCGCCGGAGCCGAACGCCGCCCCCGUACCUCUCGCGCAGCAACUGCCGCGACCGGGAGGGCCGCGGCGGGGGAGGGGCGGAGGGCCCGUACUCGCGCGACAGGCGCCGCAGCAGAGAGCGCGAAGGCGACCCCCUCUACGACUCCAGACGCCGGGGCAGCCCGCGCGGCGACCGCAGGGACCGAGCGUACCCCUACCGCAGAGAGCGCAGACACAGCUGUGAGCCCGACAGGCGCGGCGGCCGCCGGCGCUUCGACGAAGAGCGCGGCGACUCCGCGCGCCAGCUGGAGGACCCACGGGCGAACCUGCACGCCGGCAGCGGCGCAGAAGAGGCGCAGGAGCGAAGUGUGCUGUCCGAGGCGCACAGAGCUCAGAACGACGCAGACGCAGGCGUCGUUUGUCUGUCAUCUUCGGGCGCCGCGUCCUCUCCCCCGAUCGCGCUGACCUUUUCGUCGGCCUCCGCCUCGCCGCUGCACUCUGCCUCUCUCGCCUCUGCCUCGCCCCUCGUGCUACGGCCCCGCCACGACGGCGCGGGCGCGCCGGUCUCCGGCCCUUCCUCGCCGGCGCUGUUCGCCUCUUCGGCGGGCGCGGAGGGUGGCGAGGCGCCGGGCCCUGCGCCCGCGGUCGUGCACCUGUCUCCGCCGGCGGCGGGCCCGCAAGUCUUCGCAGGGCCCGGCAGGGGCGAGUCUGUGGCGCCCGGCGAGGCCCUCCGCGGGCCCCACGACGAGGCACUGCCGCCACCCCGCAACGGCGGAGGCGACGGCAACCUGCACAGGCCUCACAUCCUCGUUCCUGGGCACCCAGGGCCUCCGGGGCAGCCUGGCGCGCCCCUGCACGCUUUCGCAGGCCAAGUCCGCAUCGCACCGCCGGCGAGUUCUUCGGCAUCGUUUCCCGGUCCGCGGCUCGGAGGCGCCCCAUCUCCGCACGCUGCUUUUGCUCCUACGCCUCACAACGACCGCCGUCCGUUCUUCGGCUCUCUGCCUCCGCUGGCUGGGCCUGCCCCCCACGGGGCCCCCCCGCCCCCCGGGACCCUCCCUGGAGGCCCGGGCCGGCCAGCUGGGCUCUGCCGCCUGCCGCCGUUCCAGCCUCCGCCGCCGUCCUCCUUCCCGCCGCUGUCCUCCUUCCCGCCUCCGCCUGGCGUGGCCCCGCUGCCUGCAGAGGGAGACGGCACGAUGUUUUGCAACGGCGCGGUGUUCGGCCCGCGGGGCCCGCGCCCCGCGCCCCCGUCUGGCGUGCCUCCGCCGCCCUUCUUUGGGCCCGGAGACAGGCCGGGAGCGCCCCCCCAGCACUCCGGCCUCGGGGGAGGGGGGCCGCCGCGCCCCCCGGUCCACCCCGACAUGGUGCGGCCGCCCCAGUGGGCUCCUGGCAGGGGAGAAGAGGGGGGGGCCGCCACAGGGCCUAUGUUGCUCGACGGGCGGCGUGUCAGGGGCGCAGGGAGACAGUACGAGGGCGACCUGAGUGCGACGCCGUGGGCGGAGGAGGGCGGGCCGGAGCUCGGGGGCCUCAAGGCGGGCGCGGCGCCGGUCGUCCUGAGGCUCGCGAGCGUUCCACAGCCGCUUCUCACCCACGAGAAUAUGCUUUCCUUCUGCUCAAUGUUCGGCCGUGUGGAGCACGUGGAAAUCCAGCCCGGCGAUCUCUCGGCGCGCGUGACGUUCAGCGACCCCGCGGCCGCGGCGGAGGCCGGCCGAAGCGCCCCCGGCGCCUUCGAGGCUCCAACGCUCGUUGUGGAAGUCAUCUCGCAGCUGCACGGCUCGCUAGUUCCUCCUGCUGCGCCUCUCGCCAGUGCCCAGCCCGCUCGGGGUCCCGCUGCCCGCGAAGUCGCUCUCAACGCAGUCGUCAUGCACGCGCCCGGACCAAACAAGUUCGUCUCGGCGGAGUACCUCGAGAAGAAGAGACAGAUGGAGGAACUGCAGCGAAGAAAAGAAGAGUGCGCGAAGAAGAAACAAGAGCUUCUCGGCAAACUGACUGCCAGCCUUCAGCUGUCGCGCCGCGGCCCUGGCCUUCGGCGCCUGCAAGGGGCGCUCCCCUCGCUCCUCGCGUCUGUUUUCCUUUCUGCGCAGAAUGCUAUUGCGCGGCUCACUGACCCACUGACUCCUGAGAGCGAACAGGGCGCUGUGAGGACGAUGAUCGCGUCGAUAAAAGAGAAAAUUGCUUUUCUCUCUUAUCAAAAGGAGGGGCGCCCCGAGGAGGAGACGCGGCUGGAGGAGAAGCUCCGCAAGCUUCAGGCCGAGGCGCUUGCGCGAGGUUUGAAUCCGCGACUCGUCCUGCAGCAGGCCGCGGCGCAGAAUCCCUACAAACUGGACUUCCGCACGACUUACAUCAAAUGCCUGGGUCCAGCCUUGGAAGACAUUCGCAACUCAGAUGCCUUCACCGAGUGGGUCGUCUCGCACGCCGAGCCGCUGAUGGGCGACGCGAUCGAGGCUGUCGUUGAAAUGGAGGAAGGCGGGCGGCGCUUCGGAUGUCUCAAAUACAUCAACCGACAAUCCGCUGAACAGGUCAUGCGCAACUGCGCGUCGCUGCCGUUUCAGCUCGAGUGGAUGGAGCCGCCGGCGGAUCCUGACGCCGACGCGCGCGGCGCUUCCAGCGGGUUCGCGGCAGCCUCUGCAGUUCCCUUUCUGCCGUCGCUGCACGGAGGCGAGGACGACGGCUUUGUCGCAGACGGCAGAAACGCUCUGCUGCUUGAGAGCGACCUCAACACUCUCCGCCGCGAAGAAGAAGGGCGCGGAGAAGAGGCCCGCGGCGCCGUCUUUUCGUUCAACGGGGGGAGCGCACAGAGAGCGCGGCCGGGCGCGCCGAGUCGGGAGGGCACCAAGGGCUUUGAUCAGCAGCCCCACAAUCCACAUGAAACCGAAGUCGACUACGACUUUGAGUGA